AUGAUGGCACCCGGGCGCGUGCCCGUGCAGGCGCUUUCCGCGCGGGAAGCCGGCGGCGCUGCGGUGCUCAGCUUCGUGCCUCCGCCGCUGCCGCUGGCGCCUGCCACGCCCGCGGGGCAGCACGGCGCGAGCCCGCUGCCGCCCCCGGCGGCGGACUCCCAAAGCCUGGCGCCGGGGGCGGAGGUGGCCAUGGGCGGCUGGCGCUUCCGCUGCUGCGGCGUGCUGGGACGGGGCUCCUUCAGCCAGGUCUGGGCCGGCACGGUGCUGGAGGGCCCAGAGCCGCUGCUGGGGGCCCGAGGCGUGGGGUCUCGCGCCAGCCGCAGCGGCGGCGAGGCGGCGCGGGAGGGCGGCGUCGCGCUGAAGGUGAUUCAGUGCCGCUCGCAGCAAGAUUUGCAGCAGGCGCUGUUCGAGGCGGCGCUGCUGGAGCGUUUCCAGGCGCUUGCCAGCCCCGACGGGCACGGGACUCCAGCCAUGAGGGUGCCUCGCUACCUGGCCCACCGGGUCGAGCCGAGUUUGCGAGGUGGCUGGCUAGUCCGAAUGGCCAUGUCUCGAGUACCAGGGGAGUGCUUGGACUCCUUCCUGAGGCGCCCGCCAGUGCAAGGCUGGGAUCCAGCCGUGGCCGCGCAGUGCGGUUGCGCGCUUGCGACGCAGCUCUUCAGGCAACUGGGCCCGACGCUUGAGAGGAUGGCACCCCAUGCUUGGCACAGGGACGUGAAUUCGCACAACGUGCUCCUCUCCGACGCGCUCGACGGGGGCUGCCUGCGCGCGUGCGCCGACGCCGAGGACAUGGCGCAGAGGGCGUCUUUCUGGCUGAUCGACUUCGGCCUGGCCGUGGACUCCACGACCUGGCCCUCUGUGUGGCAGCACUCCGAUGUCGCGGGCGACUGCCGUUACUGGCCGCCGAGCUCCUUCUUGAUGAGCUUCUUUGGCCCCGAGGAGGUGGCGGUCCACCCGCACAUGUGCAAGCAGUACCAGACGCAGCUGGACAUCGCCGGCCUGGGCCUCACCGCGCUGGAGGUCCUCGCGACCCUCGCGCUAUCCGCCCCGCGCGGGAGUGGUGACGCCGCUGGUGCAGCGCCUGCCGUGUUCGGCGGGCCGUGGCCGAGGCUCCUGGCGGUGUGGCAGAAGUACCGCGAGGAGGUCAGCCGCUGGCACAUGAAGAUCUUCCAGGUCUUCUCCUCUGGAGGCGACGUCGGCCCGCUGUGCAGGGCGCUGGCCCAGGAGCGCGUCGUGGAACAGGUCACGGCCCACAUCGCCAAGCUGCGCACGCUCCUGCGCGCCUGUGCCGCCGGGGGCAUGCGCUCGGCCCGCGGCGAGAGGGCCGAGGAGGCCCGGGCCCGGAGCCUCUUCUGGGUGAUCGCCGAGGCCAUCGACGAGUCCAGCUCGCUGGGGCUUCGGGAGGCCGUCGAGAAGCUCGGCGGGCCCGAGGGCUGCCCCGGCCGACCUCCGCAGCCGCCGCCCCUCGCGCCCAGGCCGCAGGGCGCCCGCGCCCAGGCCCGCGGCAGCUCUGCUCGGCAGGCGGAGCCGCUGUCGCCGGCAGCGCCGUGCUCGCCGCUGCCCCCGGCGGCCGCGGCCUGCGCAGCGCCCGCGGCGCUCUCGCCGUGCCCCGUGGCCGCGGGCCCCCGGGGUGCGGCGGUGCCGCAGGCGCCUGCCGCGGCUCACCGCCGCCGCAGCGCUUCGCCCACGGGCCGUCACCCAGGGUGGGCCACCGCGCCGAUGCCACGCGGCGCGCCGUGUGGCUCGGUGCCGCCUGCGUCAGCCUGGCAUGCUGGCGGCGAGGGCAGCGCUGCUCGUUGGCCCGCUUGGCGCGCACCCCUGACGGCAAGGCCCCCGCGGCCGCUGGCGCGCGGCGCGGGGGGCACGAGCCUGGCGGCGCUGCCCACGCCGUGCCGGUCGCGCGCAACCUCACCAGGCCCCAACCUGUCUUACCAGCCGCCGCCUGCAGGCUUCAACCUCUCCUACCAGCCGCCGCCUGCGCGAGAGGCGCAUACUGCCGCGCCGCAUCCGGGAUCUCCUUGCUCGCCUGGAGCGCUGCUUCUCCGCACUGCCCCCGCGGCCCCUGGCGCGCCGCUGGGCGCCGCGUUCGCGCAGCCGCGCCGGGGCCGGAGCCCCUCUCCGCAGCCGCCGGUGCUCCACGGUUGGUCGUCCGUUCCGCUGCCGGGAGGCGCAUCGCCUCGUGCGCCACGCUGGGCCGCCUCGCCAGCGUCGCCGCGGGCCGCCGAGGAGCCAUCUGCUCAGAGGUUCGCCUGGCGCUCGCCAGCUGCAGAGCGUCGGGAUCAGCCUGGCGCCGCGUGGUCCCCGCGGUCGCCAGGUUCCGGCCUGGCGGCGAUGCCGCCCCCGUACGGCGAGCAGAGAGGUGCCAAUUUGUCGUAUCAGCCUCCGCUGUUCGAGUGGCCCAAGGGCGCCGUGGCCGCCGCUGCCGUGCACACGGCCCGGCCGCCCCAGCCGGCGCCCCGCGCGGCGGCGAGGCUCGGGGGCGGGUGAGAGGGGCGGCGCGCAGGCGGCUUCGUGGAGCAAAUUCGCAUGGGGAGUGGCCUCGUGCCCCAGCAUCGAGCAGUGGCGAAGCGUCUUGGCUUGCCUAUAUAGGCCCACCAAAGGAUGUUCUAAGA